UUUAUAUGCUGCUGGUCCCUGUCAGCGCAGUCUUUCUCGGGUCCUAGUCCCUUGGUACUCUCUUGUCGCAGUUGGUCUCUUAUAAUGUGCACUCGUACCCAACAGAGAAUACCAUGUCGAAGGGUUAACCUCGCCCACUGCUUUGCAAAAGUUGUUUCAAAUAAUUCGUGUGUAACGGUGGAAACUCCAUUGUUAGAUUGCUAGCCUUUGCAUAGCAAUGGAUGCAUUCCGAUUCCUAGCUGUUGUCAUGGGAACGUUGGUCGUUGCCUAGGAAAUCAACCCUGACCUCCUCAACCAUUCCGGCUUUCUGGCGGCAUGCCACAAUAUAAUACGUGUAUUGCACCUGAUCUGACCAAAUUUUAAUUAACAAAAAAUGUUAUAUUAGCACUGUAGUUAUACGUAUUCUGUCACAAAUUGUGUAUUGCUCAAGUAUCCCCUGAUGAUGGCUUAACUGAGUCGAAACAUGUGUUUGCGUACCGGUAACCCCUCCAUUCGUAAUUGUAAGCACAACAAAUCGGAUGGAACUCAGCGAUAUCAUGAACUGAGUCUACACAAAUUGUUCUAGCGUACGAUCCGCCUCUGGAGUCCUGCAGGGAAUCGUGUGACAUCUCAGCGCGGGCAGGAGCGAAACUAACCAAUGACAAUCCAAGGUGCAGAUGUGCAACCCUCUCCCCAAACCUCCCAACCUUCCUAAUCGUCACUACUGCAAGCAGUGUUUGAGGUUAUGAUGGCCAGUACGUAUUUAAUAUCAAAUGACUUGACCAACAAGAGACGAAAACAGUUUGUGAGCGUGUGUGUUUGUUCUCCGUAAGUAAUUUGUAGGGCCUAGCUGCUGUGAGCUUGCAAGAAUUGUUGAAUACCACACUGUUUGAGACUGCACUUGCGCAGCAACUGAAAGUGACCUGACUUCGAAUCUGAAGGCUCCCAAUUUGGUGGUGACCUCGGCGCCGGGGAACGAGGCGGAGCUGCAGCUGUACCGCGUCAUGCAGCGCGCCAGUCUGCUCGCUUACUACGACACGCUGCUCGAAAUGGGUGGAGAUGAUGUCCAGCAACUCUGUGACGCAGGCGAAGAGGAGUUCCUGGAGAUCAUGGCGCUGGUCGGCAUGGCGUCCAAACCGCUCCACGUGCGUCGCCUGCAGAAAGCGCUCCAGGAGUGGGUAAGCAAUCCGGCGCUUUUCCAGACGCCACUGCUGUCGGCCCUGCCCGGAAGUGGGUCCAUCGGGUUUCCGCCGAGUGUUCGUCCCAUCAACCUGUCUCCGCAGCCCCUCCCAGUUAUGGCCCCUAUGGGGCCCAGCCCUCCCAACAACAACCUCAGCAGCCCCAGUGGGACUAGCAAAGAAGGGCCAGCCUUGCUCUGUACUGCGUCACCAGGACAAGGGCAGGGCGCACUGUUGGUGUCAGGGGCAGAGUACAGCAACCACGGCGCCAUGUCAGGGCCCACGCCGAGCCCUGGGCGGGGCCCUAGCACUAGCACGAGUCCCGGACCUUGUUGUCCCGGGUCUCCCCUGCAGCUCACCCCCGUCCUGGUGGAGGCACAGAUCCUGAGGCUAGCAGAGGCUGCGGACCACUUGGUACGGAAUCUGCCCCAGUUCGAACCGAAGCCACACAACAGCAAGAAGAAGAUAUGCAAGGACCUGGAGAUCGUCAUGAACAUGGCCGAGGAUGACCCGCGACGGAUGGAUGAAAUACGCAAGUACGCCGCCAUCUACGGACGUUUCGACUGCAAACGCAAACCUGAGAAGCCCCUCACAUUGCAUGAAGUAUCCGUAAAUGAGGCAGCGGCGCAAAUCUGCCGGUUCAUGCCGGCACUCCUCACUCGGCGCGACGAGUUGUUCCCGCUCGCCCGCCAGGUGGUGCGCGACUCGGGCUAUCACUACUCCAAAGGUCACUCCAAUCUGUCUACGUGUUUCAGGGCGCAUUCUGGGGCUGGGCGCAGCGGCUGCAAUAAUGGCGAAGACGGAGGCGGGAAGAGGCCGCGUCUGGAGGGUGUCCCGCCUUCCCUGUCGCCGUCCUCUUGCGACUUCCUGGACAUGGAUCCUCAGCAGCGCCUACGGAGACAGGAGCGGCUUGAGCAAAUUGCAGACGAGCUGCGAACACUGGGAGAGCGAACGGAAGAACUGGUGUUGGCAGCUCAGCAAGUGCGAGAUGUGAAUGACUACCCAGCACUGCACACACUGCAGCAGCAGUUGGAGCUCCUGCAGGGCAAGCAGACGCAGCUACUCAUGGAGCAGAGUGACCUCAUGAAGCAACAACCCCACUCUUCAGCCAGGUACUACAGAAGAGGACGAGCGUCAUCAUGCUUCGAUUCCGAGCGGCCUGACACAGAUGACACAGACUCUCAGUUUUCCUUUAGCAAUACCAGCUCUCCAUCACAGGAAGUUGGGGACUCUCGAGACUCGACAGCCACACGUGAUGGGACGAGUGAAGGGAACGGUGUUUUAGACGUUAAGGGUGGCCGCAGUCCUUGUAAGAUCUCAAAACAGUUGGUGCAGGACACAUUGCUGGACGAGGGAUUACGAGUGGUAAAGGAGCUGGUGGCGAGCCAAAACAAGGAUUCCAGCACUGGGAGUGAUAAUUCAUAUUGUGACCCUUACUGCAACGAGAACAAAGUUCAGGUGAUUGCAUCAAGUGGUGGCAACAUAAUUGCAGUGGCAAAUCCUGCUCUGUCCAUGUCGCCAGCAAUUGCACCAGCCAAAGCAGUCAUGUCCGACACUGGAAGUGGUACUGAUAAGAGGGCAUCCACCCCUGUUGUGCUUCUGAAGCAGGAGCCCCUGUCUCCUGGCAUGUCACCAUCACCAACCAUAGGACUGGCCAAGCCAGAGUGAGUCAUCGUGAUAGCAGGAUGGAGGUUUAAGGGUUUGAACCGAUGCAAGUCUGAUACGAGGGCCGUCCUUAAAAAGAGAAAAGGCAGAAUUAUGUAGAAGGGGUUCAGGUCCUUCCCGGAGGUGGUGUGAAGGAACAGCAAGCAGUCACCAUUUUUAUUAAAGGGAUUCAGUGACUAUCAUGUUUUGAACAUCUCCUUUACGCUACCCCCAGCAAAAGUGCAAAAGUUUACUGUGAUAUUCGUGUUGUUGAUUAUUGUUCAUUUAUUGUUGUUGUUGCUGCUAUUGCUGCUGCUGUUUGCUGCAACAGACUGAAGGAGGGUCUGUCUGUCAGUACUCAGAGCUCUUUGUGUGCCUCCCUGUCCUGUCACAGCUUCAUUCAUAAAAAAUCAGAGUUUUGUGUUUCAAAAUGUAACAUGCAUUCGAUUUUAUUUACAUAAAUGCUGAGGUCGGUAAAAGCCAAACACUCUCUGAAAGGCAUGUGAAAUGUAACACGUUAUAUAGGAAAUAGUUUACAUAUAACAUGACCUGUGUGGUCAAUGAAAUGUGUAUUUCAGAUUAAAUAUUUCUUCGGUGCAUAUAAUGUAACUGUUUAGGUUUAAAUUUUAAUCAGUUCAGUAUGCUCAUGCUUUUCAGAAACACAUUUCUGUAUGUCUCAGACGUGUAUGAUCUGAAUUUCUUAACAAAUAAUUAUUUAUUUGAAAAAACUAGUUUUGGCUUCAUUUACUGUUAUUUUAGAUUUUAUAUUAAAAAUAUAAUGUUUAUCCCAACUUUCUGGAAAGACAAAUUUGUGGUCUAUAUUGUAGAAUUUACUGUCAUAUAUUAUAAUUUCUGUAAGGGAGAAAUUCUGUAAUACAAACAAAUGUAAUUUUAGGAUCCACAGAAUGGGAAUGCGGUAUGUUUUGCCUACAUGUUCCAUUUUGAAAUAGAGGCUCAUAUGCUUUGUCUUUGAAGGCUGUGUUCACAUCACAUUUACUCUGCCUGGCUCAUAACCUAGGAUAAUUUAACACUUUAAGAUAGAAUUUUUGCUUUUUUUUGGCAUAAACUGUGAACUAUGAGGAACACAUGAUCCUUAAAUAUUAAAUUAAGUGCAAAAAUUGGAUAUUUUAGUACGUCUAUGAAUAUUUGCAUGGAAUGCUUCUUUAGAAUGGAAUUGCUUGCAUGCCUUCAGCACUCAAGAAUGUUAUUUUGUAUCACCAUGCCAGAUAUAUAUGAUGGUCCCACCCUGAAUUCUCGCUUUCUGACAUGAAUAGAGUUUCUAACUUGCAGCUCAGUAGGGAUCUACGCAACGGGAAAUGGUGUUGAUAUAUUUCUGAUUAGUCCUUAACAGCGUAAGUUGGAGUCCAGUUGCUGUAAUGUCCUAAAAAGGAUGAUCCUCUGUAACGUGUAGAUAUUUACAUUGUAAUCGGCCAUUUUAUACAUGUAUUCAAGGGUUGCUAAGUAUUUUAAUCGCCAUUUCAGGAUUAAUCAGAAAUCAGAAAAAUGGUAUAUUACUGUGCUUGAGCUGCAGAUAUGUGUAUGUGAAUGAAGCAAGACAAUUUCUGCAUUAUCCAUUCUGUGUCCCUGUUACCUUCAAUGUGUGGUCCUGUUAUGUCAUAGCCACAACUGUGAAACAGUGCUGACAACUGUGAAACUUUGUACUCGAGCCAAGCCAACAAGUGUCCCGUCUGUGCAGUGAUUCAUCUUGUAACAUAGAAAGAAUAGCUGUAUAUAUAUAUAACAUGUUCAGUGGCUACAGAAUUACACAGAGUAAAAGUAAAACUUCUAUUGAAGUGAAAUACUUGGAAGCAGAAGUUAGAUUCCCACAUAAACAUUGAUUUAUGAUAAAGUGUGUUUGUAUGUUACAGUACAUUUGCAUAGGCAGUUGCAUUGGAAUCAGUAGUUGUAGCAAGGCAGGGUGCUUAACUAUUGGGAGAAGUCUUGGUAGAGAUUUUGAUUAUAAUUCUUAAUGUGAUGAUGGGUGCUAGCUGGGGGUUGGAGUGAGGGCAGGUAUCUGUUGUCCCUGGAUUUUUGGAAAGAAUAAGAACAUAUAUUACACAUUAAUACCAAAAGCUGAAAUUAUUUUUUAAAAAAUGUAUUCACAAAUAUUCUAACCCCCCCACCUCAAACCUGGCACCCCUCUCCCUGCAAAAAAUCCAAGCAACACCCAAGAGCAUAAUUCUGAUUUUCUACUUCCUCUGCUAAUGCUAUUAAGUGUGUUGAUGGGUAUGCAACAGUAAGGUUUCAGAUAACUUGAUUCAAGAAGUAGAUUGUCAUAAUGUCAGAUUCCAAACUCAGACAUCCUGGACAAGCAUCUCUAUUCUAUUGUUAGCCUGAGAUAUUUUAGAAUCACCUGUUCAUUUGAUGGCCAGCACAAUUAGCCAGAGAACCUCUCCUGCCUGCUCUUUCUCAGAUAUGAUUAAAUCAGAAGCUAGCAUAGAUAAACAACAGUGUUUCAGUCAGUAUUAUAUUGUUGAUUUUACCAAAGAAAGGUUCCUGUAGGCUAUUUUAUUAUUCUCACUUGCUUCUUGUAUCAAGUUGUCCUUCCAGAAAUCUCCAUGUUCGUGCAUGUUCACUGAAAUCAUAAUUACUGUUGCUGUUAAUUAAUAUUGGUUUGAAUUAAUUCACCACAUUGAAAUGAAUUAACAUUUCUUGAACUCACACAUAACAAGGAUUACCCGUAUAUCUCAUUUCAACAUGAGGUUCCUUUGAUUGUGUUAUAUUCAAAUUCUGUGACAUUGAACUGGAGCAAAUAAAGUGCUCUCGCUGCUGGAGGCGAGGUACAUACACUGCUGGAGGCCGACUUCCGUUUUAAGUGAUCUAUUUCACGGUCUGGAGUGUGUGUGUAGUUCUGUAGCCAGUGAUGAAUCUUGUAGUGCAGUGUUUUGUAUCUGAUACAGACAGAAGCUUGGCUGAAACAAAUGAUAUAGUGCCUGUGGGUUUCAAGUCAAGCAAUAGCCAUGUAGCAAUGUGUGAUGGUCGUGAUGCACCAGAUCUCCAACUGGGGUGUUGCAAUAUUGGACUGAUGUGGUAUUAUAAGAUUUUGUUAUUUUAAGUAAAUAUUUUUGAGUUAAAUACAAGCUAAAUCAGUAUUAACAAGCAGCUUCUUUUCUUGAAGUCUUGCAGUGGUGAGAGUGAUUCAGUGUACAGUAACCAGAAUACCUGCCACAUAAAUGUCUUGCUGAUUGCUAGGAAGGCUUUGAAUCUGGUCCUUUAUUUGCAUAAUUGUGGUAUUUACUAAUUUAUUAAACAUAAUAAUAUUUAUGAAGUGCUUUGCUUUGACUGAAUCACUUAAUAGUUCAUAGUGAUUAAGCAGAAAAAAGGCAGUAGAUUGAAAUACUUUAUAGUAGACCCAAACAAGUUUAUUUCUAACAUAAUAAAAUACUUUUUUCUUCUAAUUUUUCAUCUUGUAUGGCAUGACAGAGCAGUGUAGUCCAAGGCCUCCAACUUUCUUUCAGAAACUUGUUUAUAGAUAUCUGGCACAACUCCUUUUGACGAGAUUGGUCUGUCACAAAGUAACUGCCUAUGCAGGAGAGCAUAGACACAGAGAAAGUGCAGUAAUACAACCAUACCCAAAGAAAAAUUUGUACCCGUGAUCCCAGUGUUCAUGCAGUAGAAGACAGUUUAUCCCUUAGACAACACAGCCACUGUGAUGUGGCAUAAUAAAAUGUACAUAAAUUUUCUUGUAAUGCACAACUAUUUUGUAUCAGGUAUUCAGAAAAGAUUAUGUCAUAAGAAAAGCAUUGUAGCAUGUAGGAACAUGAGGCAGACCAUUCCUAUUCUACUCUGCAGUGCUCUUGGGUGUUCCAUUGGCUGCAAAUCAGGUGCGUAGCCAGUGAGGAUGUAGUAGAAAGAGCAAGCUGAAGAAAAAUGUCUUAUAAUGAACUUCAUACUGUGUACAGCUCACCAAAACCGUUAAAGUUAUCAUAUCAAGGAGAAUGUAAUGAGUGGGUCAUGUAGCACGUGUGAGAGCGAGAAACAGAUCACUUUCAAGGCUCAACAUAUGAAUGCUCAAUAUGCAAACAUCUAUACAUAUGAAUGACCUUAGAAUUGUUCCUACUUACACUAAUGUAUAUAGUUUUCUAGGCUUAUUUGUCUGUAGAUGUGUAAUGUGCUUUUUAACACUCAUUUAUAAGACAAAGUACAUACAAUAUUUUCGGUUAAACGCUUUAUUCAUAAGCUGAGAUAUUCAGCUACUGCUAAUUACAUUAUUUAUUAUGGGAAAGAAGUAUGUUUUGACUUACAAACUGGAUCUUUGAACAUGAAUCAUCCGUAAGAAGAGGCUCAAAUAUAUUGGGAGCUGUAACUGUCCAUAAUUUCUAAACUCCUUUCCCAUUCUGAGUCUAUUCUAUUCAGUCCAAUAUUUAGAAGAGACAGUAUAUCUUAUGGGCUUUAAUUUCCAAUGACAUGAGUACUGAUUCAUAUUUUCUGUCUCUGUUUCCUUAUAUGAGGCUGUAUAAGAUGAAAGCCAAUAUGAGCCAUCAUUCACCUAUUUUAAAGAAAGUUUAAAAUUGUGCUUUAAUAAUAUAAUCCAUUUUGGAUGCCGUCACAACUGAAAGUUCCAAAUACGUGCCAGCUAGCUGCAAAUGUCCAUCUAUGUUUGUAUCUGUCCAUCCAUCUGUCUGCAUGUAACACCUCAAGAGCUGCUGAACAGACUUUCAUGAAAUUGCUACUGUAAUAUGACAGUGCACAGUGUAACCAUGGUGUAAGCUAUGUUGGAUCUGAAGUUCUCACACAACUGUCUUUGGGAUGUGACGCCAUAUAUUCUUGUAGAAUUUUACUGGUAUUUCGGAGGAAUAUGCCUCAUCCAUUUGCAGGGUCAUGCAUUAAGCCAAGCAAGAAACCAGCAAGAAGCAGGCACAAAACAAAGCAAGAAAUAUUACUGGACUACAUUGCACCACAUCUUGGAAGAUAGUGUUCUUCUUUCUAUUUUUAUCUCCGCAAUAUUUCUUCAUAAGGUCUUAUAUCAGUUUUGGUUUAUUUUGUACUGUCCCAUUCCUUAUUCUUUCUCCCCUGGUUAUGUCAAACCGGCUUUAAACAAUCAUGGUAUGUGUUUUGAAAAUUUACCAGGAUUUUAUUGCAUGUUCAGUCCAGAACCAUUUGUUGUCUCAUCUGCUGUCUAAAA